AGAAAAAUAACAAAGGUAUUUGUUUCUUAGCGCGUCGAACGGAAUAGGACACAUCGACGGCAGCAGAGAACGAGAAAGAGAAAACUUGGGACCUGCCGUGGCAAAGGCUAACACUGUCAUCGUGCGCAACGCGUAUUCAAAAAGGAAGUAAGAAAGAAAAACACUGAUACAGUCACGCUCACAUCUCUGUUUCCCCCGCGACGCGUUCCGUCUGAAGCGGCGCACAUCCCGGUAGGAACCUCCGCCUUUUAUACAGGUAUCUUUUGGUUGCCACUACGUGGUUCUCGACGCAUUCCCCCACAGUCACUUCGUUUUCUUUCCUUAUGCGUGGGAGAUAAACAGCCACCUUCUCAGCUCCAUCGGAAAACACACAUCUUCUCGUUUUUUUUUCCGCACCUCCGCGUGUCUUCUCCGCACAUAUAUAUAUAUAUAUAUAGGUCUUCCUUUUCUUUGCUUCUUUUCCCUAUCAGAGACUCGAGUGCGUGCUGUGGAACCUUUUUUUUUUGUAGUGGCGUGUUGUACUCCUUGCUCUUCUCAACAUUGUUUUCAUUUGUCACUCGAGGAGAUUUCAAUCACUAGGGCUUUUUCAUUUGUUUAUUUGCGCUCACUACUUCGUUUCUGCUGCGGGACGCAGGAGUGGCGCCGCCUAUCGACUCGGCCAGGAAAAGCUUCAAAUACGAGGAAGUAUACGACAGUGGCAUUCAUCCCUGUUCAAUUGGGGCAGGCAUCGUCCUUGUUACUCACUCGACCCUGUGGCAUGCAUUCCCAUUUUUUCUUUGUAUGUCUGUUUUUUUUACCAGUGCCCUCGUUGAAGCGAACCAACAACCAAAAGGAAUAUUAAGGGUGCUCUGAUAUUCUCGUCUCGGAGGCAGCGGCUUUUUUUUGUCUCAAGUGAGGGAUUUUGUAUCAUUAUCCUCCCCCAGGAGCUCAGGAGAUCAUACAACUGGAAAGAAACAAACAAAAGAAGCCCAAUCGAUAAUAACUACUCUAUUCUCCAUCUAUUCAUCCAUAUAUAUUUCUGGAAGAACGACCCAAGUAAGGCGUAGUGAAACAUUGUUUUCAUUUUUUAUUCUUUUGAAAGUUUUGCUUUCUUGUUCUUGUAUUCGCUGUUUGUUUCAGGCCUCGAUUUGCUGCUCCGCGAGAACUACUGCACGUAAAUUACUCGUGUUGCGCCUCCAAAAGAAAAGAGAAGAGGUAAGGACUCUGCACCGCUUUCUGUUUAACGUUUAUUAAUAAAAAGAAAGAAGCGGUAACAACAAUGAUCUCUAUUCCGGUGAUGACCGAUGAGACGGUGGUGCGGUAUCACGCGCACACCGGCACCGCGGUCGACGAGGGCGCCGACUACCACGUCGGUGCAGCCGCACAAGAGGAUGCCUGCGAGCCAGCGGCAGGGGCCGUGCCGGUGUCGUUCGGCAUGACCACCGGCAACUGGGUGAACAAUACCGGCGGCAAUAUCGCUGUUGCGGCUGCUGCGCCAAUGAGCAGAAGCUUGACGGCCACGGAUAGCGCACCGGCGUACUUCAGCGUGGCGGUCCCGUUUGGGAACAGCAUUUUAGACGUCGGCCCCGCCCCGGCAGCCAUCACCGCCCCGGUAGAUGUCGCCCCACCGGAGAUGCCGCUUUUGGCGCAGUACUGCGCGCUAGCCCUGCAGCUCCGCUGUGACAAGAACCAAGACGCGGAUCAGAACUUCCGCUCGUGCUUUCACAGCAGUCGCGUUCCAAGCAUCUCCUUGUGGGAUUACGUCCGCCGUUUCGCCAAGUACUCCAUCUGCAGUGAGGAGUGUUUCAUUAUAGCAAUGGUCUUGAUGGAUCGAUACGUAGGGAGAACCAGGGUGCCGAUCACGCUGCGCAACGUCCACCGGCUGUACAUCACCGCCAUGACGCUCAGCGUGAAGCUGCGGGACGACGCGUACUACAGCAACGCGUACUACGCAAGUAUUGGCGGUGUAUUGAAUGGGGAAUUGAACGUACUGGAAUUGGAACUCUUAGACACGGUGCAGUGGUUCACCUGGGUGGACCGGACGGUGUAUGACGCGUACAUCCAGAGACUAGAGGCACUCUUCUGCUCGGCCCUGCCGCAGAGAACGACAAUGCCGCCACCUCACUGGCAUUAG